GGACACUAUAGGGAGGGGAGGGGAGAGGGAAGAAUCCGUCUAUGCACCGUUUGAACCAAGACUGGGUGAUAAAAGCGAGGAGGAUAAAUGAGCCGCAGAGAGAGAGAGACUGACUGACGGCAGCGCCACCGGGCUCUGAAAUGCCAAGUCCACAGAAUCAACUUUCUUUAAAAUAUAUUUAUAUUUAUAUAUCUUUGCAGAAGAAGCAAGCCGCGGGUUGGAGCAAAGAAUGAGGUGUUUUGAUGCGGGGGUUUAACUUGCUGAGCAGAGCCCAAUAUUAAAUCCUCUGUGUGUGUGUCUCUGUGUCUAUCUGUCUCUGUCUGAGUUGUUCUCUCUGUCUCUGUCUCUCUGUCCUGUUCUGUCUCUCCCUUUCUCUGUGUCUCUCUUGUUCUCUGUGUCUCUCUGUCUCUGUGUCUCUCUUGUUCUCUCUGUGUCUCUGUGUCUCUCUGUCCUGUGUCUCUGUGUCUCUCUGUCCUGUGUCUCUGUGUCUCUCUGUCCUGUGUCUCUCUGUCUCUCUUGUUCUCUCUGUCUCUCUUGUUCUCUGUGUCUCUGUGUCCUGUUCUCUCUGUCUGUGCGAGUAGGAGCAUUGACAAAAUCUCUCUGUGUCUGUCUCUCUCCCACUCUGUGCGUGUGUUUGUGUGGCGUUAACAACAUAUCUCUCUCUCUCUCUCUCUGUGCAUGCAGGAUUGACACAAUCUCUCUUUCUCUCUCAAUCCCUCUUUCUCUUUCUUUCUCUCUCCCUCUCUCUCUCUGUUUCUCUGUCUCAACCCCUCUCUCCCCCCCUCGGCGUCUUGGACACAUUUGCAAAGCCAGCCAUAACUCGCCCUGCUGCCACCGUUUGCGAAGUGGAGACUAGCCCGAGUCCCGACCCCCCGGCUCCGGCAGCGGCUCCGCCCGGCAGCAGCUCGCCUCGGGCCGCGGGCGACAAGGGCAGCCGCCGGGUGCGCAGGAUGGCUCGCCUGGCCGCGGAGUUGCUGCUGCUACUGGGUCUCCUCAUUCUCACCGUCCACAUCACCGUCCUCAGGAGCUUGCCCCUGGGCCAACAGGAGGGCAACAGCACCCCGGGGGGAGAGGGGCAGAACCACGUCAAGGAAGAAAAGUCGUCCUUUCCCAAUUCUGCCCGGACGGCAGGGUCGGCGCGAGAGUCCAAUGGAAGGGCUGCUUCUGCCCGCUACCAGAAUGACGGCAGAACCUUGGGCAAGGCCCAGGCUCAGCAAGAUGACGCGCAUGCUCCCCUUCAGAGAGACAGCCCACGCACAUUCCUGUUGGAUCUGGAGAACUUCCCUGACCUGUCCAAAGCCGACAUCAAUGGACAAAACCCCAACAUACAGGUGACCAUCGAAGUGGUGGACGGGACGGAGAUGGAGGCGGAGAGGGACCUGCGCAAGGUGGCCAAGCCCAGCUGGCCAGGGCCCUCGCCGGGCUGGCGGGGCUGGUGGCAGAAGACGGCAGCCACCGCCUCGGCGCACGAUGGCGGCGGCGGCGAGCGGGCCGAGGACAGCAACUUCCUGAACCCCGCCGGCAGCUGGGACCGCGGCACGGUGACACAGCGGCGGUGGGAACCAGAGGGGCAACCCGAGUAUGAUUACGCAGAUGGAGAGGGGGACUGGAGCCCGUGGUCGCUCUGCAGCGUUACCUGUGGAAGCGGUAACCAAAAGCGCACCAGGUCCUGCGGUUACGCCUGCACCGCCACCGAAUCCAGGACGUGCGACAUGCCAAACUGCCCCGGAAUUGAAGACACGUUCAAGACGGCCGCUACGGAAAUGAGUCUAAUGGCCGGAGGUGAAGACAUAAAUGCCACCGAAUUAUUUGGGAUAGACACGGACAGCUGUGAGCGGUGGAUGAACUGCAAGAGCGAGUUCCUGAAGAAGUACAUGCACAAGGUGGCGACCGACCUGCCCAGCUGCCCCUGCUCCUACCCGACCGAGAUCGCCUACAGCACGACGGACAUCCACGACCGGGCCCAGCGCCGCCACUUCCGCUGGAAGGACGCCAGCGGGCCCAAGGAGAGCCUGGAGAUCUACAAGCCCACCGCCCGCUACUGCAUCCGCUCCAUGCUGUCCCUGGACAGCACCACCCUGGCCGCCCAGCACUGCUGCUACGACCAGGCCAUGCGGCUCGUCACCCGCGGCAAGGGCGGCGGCACGCCCAACCUCAUCAGCGUCGAGUUCUCCGCCGAGCUGCACUACAAGGUGGACAUCCUGCCCUGGAUCGUCUGCAAGGGCGACUGGAGCCGGUACAACCAGGUCAGGCCCCCCAACAACGGCCUCAAGUGCACAGACAACCCCACGGACGAGGUGUACAGAAAACAGGUCCAGGAGGCACGGGAGUAUUAGAGGCCGAGACUCUCUUUCUCCCUCCCUCUCUGUCAUUCUCUCCAUCUCUAUCUCCCUAUCUCUCUCGCUCACUCUCUUAUUCCCUCCCUCCCUCCCUCUCCCUUCCUUCCUCUCUCCUUUCUUCCUUCCCCCUGUCUUUCUCCCCUCCAUCUGCCCCUACUCUUUCCCCCUCUCCUCUCCCUCUCUCUCUCAUUUCUCUCUUCUCCCUCUCUCCCCUUCUCCCUCUCUUGCUCUAGCUCUCCCCUUCCCACUCUCCUUCCC